AUGACGUCUAUUGUGAAAACAGUACUGCCAGAUAAGACUUACUAUGCUCUGAAGAGGCAAAUUAGUAAUAUAAAUAAGGAGCUGGAUAAAGCAUUCAGUGGUGAAACAAAGCAGAAGGGCUUACCUUUGGAACGUUCCACUGAAGAUGUAGAUAUAAUAUUCACACGACUGAAGGAAGUGAAAGCUUUUGAGAAAUUUCAUCCAAACCUUCUCCAGCAGAUAUGUCUCUGUGGAUAUUAUGAAAAUCUGGAAAAAGGAAUCACAUUAUUCCGUCAGGGUGAUAUUGGGACGAACUGGUAUGCUGUUCUGACAGGAUCACUGGAUGUGAAGGUUUCUGAUACAAGCAACCACCAGGAUGCUGUGACAAUAUGCACUCUGGGAAUAGGAACUGCUUUUGGAGAGUCCAUUCUGGAUAACACUCCUCGCCAUGCUACCAUCGUUACCAGAGAAUAUAGUGAGCUCCUUCGAAUUGAGCAGAAGGACUUUAAAGCACUUUGGGAGAAAUAUCGACAGUAUAUGUCUGGACUUCUCACUCCUCCUUAUGGUGUUAUGGAAACCGGCUCCAACAAUGACAGAAUGCCAGAUAAGGAGAAUACACCUCUUAUUGAACCUCACAUCCCACAUCGUCCUACUAAAACCAUUACACAGGUUCCUUCAGAAAAGAUCCUCAGAGCUGGAAAGAUUUUGCGGAACACAAUUCUGUCCCGAGCCCCUCACAUGAUAAGAGAUCGUAAAUACCAUCUGAAGACUUACAGGCAAUGCUGUGUGGGGACAGAACUAGUUGAUUGGAUGAUGCAGCAAAGUCCUUGUGUCCAUUCACGAACCCAGGCUGUUGGCAUGUGGCAAGUAUUGCUGGAAGAAGGUGUUCUUAACCAUGUGGAUCAGGAACACCACUUUCAAGACAAAUACUUAUUUUAUCGGUUUUUGGACGAUGAGUGUGAAGAUGCCCCUUUGCCAACCGAGGAGGAGAAAAAGGAGUGUGAUGAGGAGCUACAGGACACUAUGCUUCUUCUGUCUCAGAUUGGGCCAGAUGCUCAUAUGAGGAUGAUUCUCAGAAAACCGCCUGGCCAGAGAACUGUAGAUGACUUAGAAAUUAUAUAUGAAGAACUUCUUCACAUUAAGGCCUUAUCUCAUCUUUCUACCACAGUAAAGCGAGAGUUAGCAGGUGUCCUCAUUUUUGAGUCACAUCCCAAAGCAGGAACGGUCUUAUUUAAUCAGGGAGAAGAAGGUACUUCUUGGUACAUUAUCCUAAAGGGAUCAGUAAACGUAGUCAUUUAUGGCAAGGGUGUGGUAUGUACUCUACAUGAAGGAGAUGAUUUUGGCAAGUUAGCGCUUGUGAAUGAUGCUCCCAGAGCAGCAUCCAUUGUUCUGCGUGAAGACAACUGCCACUUCUUGAGAGUUGACAAGGAGGACUUCAACAGGAUCCUUAGGGAUGUGGAAGCAAAUACAGUAAGACUCAAAGAACAUGACCAAGAUGUCUUGGUGUUGGAGAAGAUCCCAGCAGGAAACAGAGUUUCUAAUCAAGGAAAUUCACAGCCUCAGCACAAGUAUAUUGUGAUGUCAGGAACCCCAGAGAAAAUUUUAGAGCACUUUCUAGAAACUAUGCGCCCUGAAGCAACUUUAAAUGAAGCAACAG